AUGCGGUCCUGGCUGGCAGUCUUGCCGGCCUUGCUACACCUAUCAUCGGCGGGCGAUGCAGACUUCGACUGGGACAGCAUUACCCCCAGCCACAACUUGACGUAUGCACCGUGCUAUGAGAAGUUCCAAUGCGCACGCCUGCUCGUCCCCCUUGACUGGCAGGACGAGAGCAACCCACACACCGUCGCCCUCGCCAUCGCCAAGCUGCCCGCCACGGUCUCAGACCACGACCCCACCUUCGGCGGCACCAUAUUCACGAACCCGGGCGGCCCCGGAGGCUCCGGGGUAGAUUUCGUGCUGAGGGCUGGCGAGAAGCUCCAAAACGCGACGCGCGGCAACAGGAACUACGAGAUUCUCUCCUGGGACCCCCGCGGCAUCGCCUUCACGAGCCCCAACGCCGACUGCUUCCAGGGCGACACCGCGGCACGUGAUCUCGCCGAGCUCCAGCUCCGGACCAUCGGGGGCCUCGACGCCAGCGAGAACGCGCUCAGGAGGCAGUGGGCGCGCGCGCAGGCGUACGGUCAGCUUUGCGAACUCGCAGCGAAGAAUGCGUCGUCCAUCUUGCCUCACCUGACCACGCCCAGUGUGGUUCGGGAUAUGGUGGCCAUUCUGCAUCAGAUCCAUGCUGGGAGGGACGCGGCCGCAGUGGCCCAUAUGGACGAGGAUGUCCGAGAGAGGAGGAUCGAGCUCAAGAAGAGAGAGGCUGAUGUGCCCAGAAUUCAGUACUGGGGUUUCUCGUAUGGUUCCAUCCUGGGCAACACGUUUGCCUCCAUGUAUCCUGGCCGUGUAGGAAGACUGAUUGUCGAUGGAAUCGCUGAUGCCGACGAUUACAUGCGCGGAACAUGGCUGACCAAUCUCCAAGACACGGAGGCCAUUGUGGAUUAUUUCUACAAGUCCUGCUUCGAACAGGGCGACAAAUGUCCGCUCAAGCGCUCGCCUGAUACCAAAUGGCAAGAUCUGAAGCAGAGAGUCGACGACUUCAUCUCCCAGACGGACGAGAACCCCAUCUCAGUGCUGACGGACAAGAAAAUUGUCGUCAUCACUGGCACAGAAGUGAACAAUGCAUUUAUUAAGCCUGUCUGUAAUUGGCGCGUAGAUGGACCAUUCAAACUUUUCAGGCCCCUCGCAGAACUUCUCAGUGGCACUCUAGAGGGAAACUAUACCCUGCUGCUCUCAGAACUGGAAGCAAAAGCCCCCAGACUGCACGACAGCUGCGUUCUGCUCAACAGCUCCGCCACGGCCCUUCUCAGCCAGGAUGCGCAGCACGCCAUCAAGUGCGCCGACGGCGAGGACGAAACAAAGCACGGUCUCGGCUACUUCAAGUCCUACAUGGAAGACCUCAGGUCGCAGUCCCACACCCUAGGCGCGUACUGGACGACCAUCCGCUUCGCGUGCUCCGGCUGGACCAUCCGGCCCAAGUGGCGGUUCACAGGCCCCUUCACGACGCCCGCGCACGACGCGGCACUGGUCGAGGGCAAACCCGCCGCCCCGCUGCUCUUCCUCUCCACGAGACUGGACCCCGUCACGCCGCUGAGAAACGCCGUCAACAUGGCGUCCAAGCACCCCGGUGCCGCCUGGGUCGUGCAGGAAACCACUGGCCACUGCACGCUCGGGGCGCCGAGCAAGUGCAUCAGCAACAUCGUGCAGGAGUAUCUGGAGCACGGAAAGGUGCCGGAGAGCGGGACGAGUUGCCCGUCAGACUGCGACCCGUGGAAUCCUUGCCCGGAGGAGACGGAGAACUUGGUCGUCAACUUCGCGGACGUGCACGAUGGCCUGUUGCGACGUGGGAGAUUAGGGUUCUAA